AUCACCCAUAUCUCUGUUCAAGGCAGAUCAUAGGUGACAUUGUCAAGCGUGAUUGAAGCACGUCGGAUUCUGCAAUUGGAUCAUUUCGGCGAGUGGCUUACGACGCGCUCAUCUGUCGGUUGUUUACUGUCGAGCGACGCCCUGGCGUUAAUGCUGACAACAAAAUCAAGCAAGACGUGCCGUUGCGACUGCCGAGCUUCUUAGACUUCCAAGCCUCUCCACAAGACCGGCAUCGGGCCACUCAUAGAGCCACUGGCGCACUCACAAAAAACUGCACUUGAACAACUUUCUCUCGUCAUCCCUGAAGCGGACUUGAAAAGAUAAUACUGAAUACAGAAGCAUGACAUCCGAUCCCGCGAUCAAGAUUAUCGGCUCCGGCGUGGGAGGCUUGGCCACAGCGCUCCAACUUCACGCUCAUGGCUUUCGGAACAUCGACUUGUAUGAAGCAUCAACACAACUGCUUUCACUAGGCGUGGGAAUCAAUGUUCAACCCUCUGCUGUCCUGAUCCUACGGAACUUGGGGCUUUUACCAGCGUUGCAGCACACAGGAGUGGAGACCAAAGAGCUAAACUACUACGAUCGAUUCGGCAAUCCCAUCAUAAGCGAGCCACGCGGAAAAUAUGCCGGAUAUCAAGUACCCCAGUUCAGCAUACACCGCGGUAACCUGCAGAUGCUUCUGCUUGAUGCAGUGAAGGAACGACUUGGAGAAGAUCGAAUUCAUCUUAAUCACUGCUUGGAGAGUUUUGAAAACACAGCUACUUCGAAACCUGUCAGGUUACGAUUCAUUCAGAAGAAGACGGGAACUCCUGCUACUAAUGCAGAAGUUGAGGCAGAUAUCGUCAUUGCAGCUGAUGGUAUCAAUUCAAAAGUUCGAAGCAUUCUAUAUCCCAAGGAAGGACCUCCACACUUUUCUGGACGAAUCCUAUGGCGAGGCUACCUUGAACGAGAACCAUUUCUGACUUCGGCGAGCAUGAUCUGGUCAGGACAUGCGAAUCAGAAGUUUAUUGCUUAUCCGAUCAUAAAUUAUCACGAUCAAGCUGGAUCGAAGUCUAUGGUCAACUGGAUCGCUGAGCUGAGAGUGCGGGACGAGAAUGAUCCUGAUACGACGCCACCGGUGAAGUCGGGAGAUUGGCUGAUGUCUGUGCCUAAGAAACGAUUCGCUGGAGAAUUCAAGGACUGGACGUUUGGGUUCUUGAACGUGCCGGAGUUGAUUGAGAAGACGGAGAAGGUCUUUGAGUACCCGAUGUGCGAUCGAGAUCCGGUGGAUAGAUGGUCGUUCGGGAGAUUAACGUUGCUGGGCGAUUCUGCUCACAGCAUGUACCCGAUUGGAAGCAAUGGAGCAUCACAAGCCAUCUUAGAUGCAGCCUCUUUGACAAGCCACCUGCUUAGCUGGAGAUCUGGCAAGAUCGCAGAUAUCCCGGCAGCGUUAAAAGCUUACCAAGACGAACGCUUACCGAUUACUGCGAAGAUUAUCAUGGCCAAUCGUGGGAAUGGGCCUGAUCAUGUCAUGCAGGUGGCGUAUGAGCGAGCUCCGGAUGGAUUCAAGCACAUCAACGACAUCAUACCUCAGGACGAGCUGGAAGGCAUUGGGCUGGCAUACAAAGCGAUUGCUGGUUUCGAGAUUGAGAAAGUCAAUGAAGCUGCUGUUCAGACUGAGGGAACAGCAGAAAAGCUUGGAUUGACCCCUCCGAAAGCGUGGACGACCGGUCAUACGAAUGGAACGAGUGGAACGACAAAUGAUCCUAACAAUCGCCAAUGAUUCAAAAUUGCUUCCGAAAACACCCAUCAAAUGCAUUGUACAUACCAAAAGCUCUGCUGGCAUUUGCCCAGAUGCUGCACACUUCCCGCGACAUGCUUGGACUGCUUGCGUUGGCGCACAUCAACGAUCGUCUCUAAGCUCAGCGUGCCAAUUCUCUACGCCGUUUCGUUCCAUAGCCGUCCUUUCUCAUUCCUCAUAGACAUGCCCUAUACUGUAUGCGCCAAGCCCAAACAAUCCAUACGAGGCUCCCCAGCACAGCCAAGCAAGAUCAAAUUUCGGGGAUGCUGACAGGCUUACAAAACUUCUGAACCUGGCCGCAAACUACC